UCCCCUAUGAGUUGUGGGUCAGACUUCUGGUGCAGAGUAAGGCCGCCCCCUCUUCCCAUCACUUAUCUGUUCACUCUUUUGUCCAUAAGCCAGAUGCCAGCUCGGAUGAGGAAAAUGAAGACGAACAUGGAUCUAUUUGUCUACAAAUCGAUGCAUCAGAAUGGAGCAGAGCAAGGAGCUUGUGGCUUAAUUGCCAAAUAAGCUCUUUUAUCAAACAGAAUUCACAACAAUUUGAAUAAAGACAUACUCAGAAAUGCAAUUUUGAGCUUAAUUUUAUUAUAUACGUCCUUCAUGAUCAUAAAAGUGCCACAAAUACAUGUUAAAAAUUUUUUUCCAUCUGGUUUUAAUGCCUCGCGCAGGUAUAAUGUGUAAUUCGCACAUCCUCCAGCAGAGGGCGCGCGCGUAAAGCCAGCAGUAAACGCUCCGCCAGGUGUCUGCUGCAGCAUCAGCACCGCUCCUCCUCCUCCUCCUGUCUGCAGUACCUCUCUGCUCUCUCUUCAUGCAUCGCUCUUUUAAAUAAGCUGGAGCAAAGGAGCGCAGCCUCCCGACGUUGUUUUGGUUUUCUUGCAGCGAGUCUCUCCCACGAACCUGCAGCAGAUCCGGAAGUAAGUCACCUCGCGGGUAUUUUUAUUUUUUGUUUAUUUUUUUUUUUUAGCUCUUGUGCGGUGGAUCGUUUUAGUGUCGCACUUGUGUUUUUGUUCAGCGUCAGACGGAUUCAUUUAAGCGAAAGUGAAGUCAUAUUUUUUAAUUCGUUCACAGCUGCAGCCUCUGUUUCUGUUACUCCUCGGAUUGUGGGUCAUGUGAAAGUUUUGCAGCAGAUCUUAAGUAGGUCAAACAAUGGUGGCAGCACUGGAGAGGAGCUGAGGUCAAGAGGGAGAACAGAUCAAAGAAACUUUCAUGUCUACGGACGACCAUCAAAGGCAACUCUGCUGAGACAAACUAAAAACAAGAUAACUGCUGAGGAAAAGUGAAAAUAAGAUUAAAUGAGAUGAUAUUUCCUUCCUGGAUUAUUCAGCAGAACAAUUUUCAUUGCCCUGAAUAGGAAGUGAAUUGAGGAAAGUAGCUUUUUGACACUUUAAUGAAUGGCCUCAGCACCUGGAUGUGCCUAACAAAAUGAGCAUUCCAACUAGUUUACAAGGACUGAGUUUUGGUGAUGGCAAGAUGGAGAAGAUUGGAAAUAAAACCCAGAUGCAGUUCUCUCAUUCUGGAGAUGACAAUGCCAAUCAACUCAGCUCCAUCACUCAUGAUGUGAGAAGAGGAAUUGUGGAGUCAGGGUACAGGACAAGCCCUACUCCUCCUUUAGUCUCCCAAACAGAAUCUCCAGACAAAUUUGUAAUCUGGGGCUCAGAACAGCAAUGCAUGGAGCCAGAGCUCACCGAGUUUGGGCUUUUAAGCUGUCAAGGGAUCCAUAAAAUCUUAGGAAGCAGCAAUCAGGAGGAGAACUAUGAAGCGGAGGACGAUGGGGGGAGUGUUAGAGAUGGGAAAGAUGAGGGACCCAUGUCCAUAUCCUCGAGUUCAACAGCCAGCUCUGCUUCGAUUGGCGGGAGAAAAAAUGACAAUGACAGCAACAAGAUGGCAAGCGGCACAGAGAGGGGCAUGGCGAAAAAGAUAAGCUGCCACAGCACUGAAGAGCUUGACACGUGUGUGACAGCUCUAGCAGAGAGAAGGGAAAACAGGUCAGGCAGAGACAGACGGAGGGGAGCUCUGAAGGAGUCCAAGUCAGAGACGAACGUGUUUGUUUCCAGCCUCUCAUCGGUUUCCCUCAGUGGAAGUCUGUCUAGUGCUUUGAACUCCAACGAAGAAGCAUCUCCCAUCUCUUUCUCCAGCUCAAGGACCAGCCCUUACUCUAGUACCAACAACGCUACCUCAGCCCGAUCCACCAGAAGGGCUUCUGUAGAUGCCAAUCAGAACUCCCCACCUCUAAACCCUCAACAGAGACAGGAUUUUUCUGAACAAUGCAGAUCUGCUCAGACACCAGAAGAGAGGAGCAAUCACAGAAACGGACUAACCUCAGGUGCAGGCUUGAGCCAAAGACGAAAGGCUGGAUUUGAGGAGAGGGGACCUCCACCUCGCAGGCAACAGCUUGUACGACCCCUCUGCCAAACAGAAUUUGCAAAAGACAGGAACUUCGUACCACCUAAAACUCAGCAAAGUGACGUAGCGCCGCUCACCUCCCUGAGUUCCUCUGUAAAGUUUACCAAGUCGUCGUUACGAGAACCGUCCGACUUCUCUCACCUUUACAACACAUCUGGAAUGUUGCAGCUCAGACAGCCACACCAGACGUCUCUGAGCAAUGUGCCAUUGACACAAAAACAGCCACCUACACCUGUCCAGCACAAAGCUGGUCUCUCAAACCUCUCUCCUUCAGAAAAGAGACCCCAAACUCAGCUCACUUAUCGGAGGAAUUGCCAAAGUCCCAACAGGACGGGGAUUGAGUCCAGAUCAUCCACUCCUCCGCACUCGCCUCUCAGGACACCCCAGGGUUCACCUCGCAGGCAACCUUCCAUGUUCUUCAUUUCCAGGAAUGUCUCCGGAACAACUAAACACAUCUCAUCCGGAUGCAAUCCCGCUGUUCAGACAUCAACACAGGGCCAUGGCAACAGUUUCCAAAGGGCCCCCGUCAAGACUACUGUAAGCACAAGUGGAAUCCCUAGAGCUCCCUUUAACAACCAGCAGAGUUCCCCAAACUCCAACCCCAAAGACAGCUCCCCAUCACCUAAACUCAAACCUAAAGGAGUCCGCCCCAAAAUUAUCACCUACGUCCGAAAGAGUCCUCAGAUCAAACCGCAGACUGCUGAUGGGCCCUACCAGGUAUCCUCUCUGCCAUCCAGACUCUCGACCUACGCCAACACCCAGACACCCACCUCUUUUAAAGACUCAUCAUUCAAGCCUGAAACAGAAACCCAAAGAGUCCCAAUACUCAGUGCCUCCAAUCUGCUUUAUGAUAAGUAUCGCCAGGAGAUGCAGGCAAGCAUGAUCCCACCAGGAAUGCAGAGCAGAAGCAUCAGAACUCCUGGACACUCAAACACAGUCCUUCAUUCACACAGUCACACAGCUCCCCCAAAACUGGGCAGCAAAGCAGACAACUUUUAUGUGACCACCACAGAAGUCGGUAGAUCCAACAGCCUAAAAGGCAGCUCUGCUGAAGAUGCAUUGCAGGGCAGAGCAGCCACGCAGGCCGAGGGCGGUGGCAGUCUACUGCGCUCCGGCAGAGGUCUUCGUCUAGGCUUAGGAGCCGUCACCAGGAACGCCGCGGGCUCCACCAAAAACAGAGUGCCAAGUCAAGGGGCGAAGUCGACACUGAUUUUCAGCCAGCCGGUCCAGCCUGUCAACCCAACGUCCAGCGUGAAAGACCAGGACAAUACAGACGGUCAGCUCAUCGCCCAUCAUGCUCCGGCUCCAGCUUUGACAUCAGCAUCAGCAGCAGCAUCCCAGUCUGCAGCGUCCAGGUCUCUGCUCUCCAAGGCGAGCCAGUCAGGCCUGCGGCCCCCGGGGUUCAGCUCCAGCCGUCUCCCCACCGGUCGCCUGGCAGCCUUCGGCUUCGUCAGGAGCUCCAGCGUCUCCUCCGUGUCCUCAGCCCACUCCGCUGACAGCGCCCAGAGUGACCCCUGCCGGACAGCUCAUCGUGUGAGUGAGGAGCCCCCACCUCACCGAGUGGCAACAGGGCCGGCAUCCGCUGAUCAGCAGAGGGGGGUGUCAUGUCGCAGCAACAGCCUGCAGCCUCCCUCCACUCCUGCUUUGCCCCGGCGCUACCUGCCACCCCAGCCCAGGAGCUCACCUGGAGUUGGCAGGAAGGAGCUGCAGAGGACGUCAGAGGUCACGCGCUCCCUCCCAUCUUCUCCAAAGAGACUGGCAGUAGUUCCUCCAAAACCUCAGUCCCCUGUUCACCCCGGACAGCGGCCCGCUGCUGCAGUCAGAGGUUCAGCUCCCUCGGGGUCGCCUCCCCACAUAACCCCUCUGAGGCUGCAGCAAGAGCAGCAGGAGAACCUGCAAAGAGAGAAAGAAGAAGCUCAGCAGAAAGAGAAGGAAAAGCAAGCUGAGGACUUGCAGAAGGAGCAGAAAAGGGAGGAGGUUCAGAGGCUGCAGGGUCGCUGUGAGGAGCAGGAGAAGCAGUUGCAGGCUCUGAAGCAGGAGCUGAAGAAGGCUUCUUUAGGCUUAGAAGCAUUCAUCAUCACCACUCAGCGAUUCUGCCAGAAGAAUGAGAAUUCAGUGGAAAAGAACCAGAAACUAUCCAUGGAAAUACAAAAGAUGAAAGAGGAAAUUGCUUCCACCUCUGCACGGUGGGAGAGACUCCAGCGGGACAAAGCGGCGCUGGAGGCGGCGUUUGAGCUCCAGCUGCAGGAGCUGCAGCUUCAGCAGGAGGCCGAGCUGGCUGCUGUGGAGGAGGGACUCCGGAAGUGUCACGCGGUGGAGGCCGAGCACUUAAAGGUGGAGCACUGCGCCGUCCUGGAAGAGCUGAGGACUCAGCAACAGGAGCAGAUGGAGGAGAUGACAGCCAACCACCAGGCAACCAUUCGGGAGCUCAGAGACAUGCAUAAUAUCACCAUGGCAACGCUGCACGAGGAGCAUGCCCGCACCAUGAGAGAUUUGAGAAAAGCUCACGAGCAGCAGAAGACUCUUCUGGAGGAAGACUUCGAGAAACUUCGGCUUUCUCUGCAGGAUCAAGUGGAUACUCUCACAUUUCAAAACCAGAGUUUAAGAGACAAAGCCAAGCGCUUUGAGGAGGCUCUCAGGAAGAGCACGGAUGAACAGAUCAUUGAGGCAUUAGCUCCGUACCAGCACAUCGAGAAAGAUCUGAAGAGCCUGAAGGAAGUGGUGGAGAUAAAGAACCAGCAAAUCCACCAUCAAGAGAAGAAGAUCGCUGACCUGGAGAAAGUGCAGGCCCAAAAGAACGUGUUUCUUGAAGAGAAAGUCCAAGUUCUGCAGCAGCAGAACGAAGACAUGAAGGUUCGCAUCGAGAUGAACCUCGCCACGUCAAGACAACUGUCAGUGGAGAACGCCAACCUGCAGGAGUCCGUUGAGAAGGAGAACACCGAGAAGAAGCGUCUGAGUCGCAACAACGAAGAGCUGCUGUGGCUUCUCCAGACCAGCCCUCUCAUGUCCCCCGCCUCAUCCCCUCUGCACCGCUCCUUCUCCACCUCCCCAGUCCCCUCCUCUCCUUUGUUCUCCUCCUCUCCGUUAGCGGGGUGCGACUCCCCUUCCCACUGUCACGGCUGCCCCCAGCAGGCUCAGUUCUGCUCUCCUUCCCACAGAGGAGUAGCCAAUGCAAAUCUGUCCCCAGGGCCUGCCACGCCCACCCACAGGGCAGCUAUGAAUCAGAAUUAUUCCCCGGGCCCGGCCACGCCCACUCACAGACCGUCUGCUGGUCGCUGUAACUCCAAUUCCCGGGUUACCUCACUACAGAACUAAACUAGACUUUUCUCCUCUUUACUCAUUUCCUUGACUUCUUCUUUGACAAGACUUUGGAUUUUAGUGGUCAUGGGGAAAACUGUUCAAGAACCUAGCCUAGCAUGGCUAAUGCUAGUGCUAACUUGUUCUGGAAAAAGCAGAAAAGUUGAGGUUUUUGGCGUAAGCAGCUAACACCUUUUCUUCUAUGUUCCCCUUUUGGAUCUGUACCAUUGACUGUAUAAGAGAACUGGAUUAAGUGACUACUCUCCCCUCAGAAUAUCAAUUCUGGCUCAAAUGCAUUAUUUAACAGGUUUUUGCUAAUCCAAUUUUUUCAUGUUUUUUAUAGUUGUUCAAGUCAAAACUGGCCAAUCAAAUGCCUCGAUAAAAGUAUGUGGCGUCACAUCGAGCAGUCAAAAUGUUUAAUUAACAGAUUCAAAUGGUAGGGGUGUGACCUUCCAACAAGCACACUCCUUCCUGAUUAGUGAAAGUAGUUGCCACUGUAGUAGUCAAUGACCUAAUCUGGCUCCAACAUGGGGGCGUCCAUAUUUUUUUUAAAAAGCGACUAAAUUGACUUAAUUUUGUUGGAGCCAGAAGUUAGCCAUUUUCAAUUGAUGACAUCACAUUCACUCUGUCCAGUUCUCAUAGACAGUCAGUGGUCUGUAGGUUCUAUUGUGAAACCUCCCUGCAUGCUAGUCAUGAGACGUGCACAGUACAAUAGUAGUAGAGGUAAAAAGUAGCACACAUUAGUCAUUAGAAUAGAAUACUGUGGUGUGGUAAAAACACACUCCUAUCUUCGGUAUAAUAAGCUAUAUUCUCUUUGGGAUGACCUUUGCUGUUCUUCUCUUUUCAUUUGAACAAAUCCCUAACAAAGCGCCUUAAACCAGGUCCUGCCACCUCACCAGCAGAGAGUGACCAAUGUUUUCUUCAUACAGGGCUUUCAAUUCAAAAUUGGUUUGUAACUCAAAGUUUUGUCUGAGCAUUUUAAUAUUUGGGUCAUUGCCUGAUGAGUUUUACACGUGUAGGAAAACCUUCCUUGGAGCCAUUUUUUAACAGCAAAACACAAAGAACUUCUUCUGUCUUUAAAAACAAACCUUGCCAGGUCUUCCUACACUACAUGAGCUGCUCUUCGCUUCGGAAAAUCCCUCAGGUCAACUUGCAAAAACUAUGUCCGCCAUUUUGUAAUUACCUCAGCGGGAAUGUGCAGUCUGUUGUGUCUUAACAGCAAACGACAACUAAAUCAUGCAGCUACUAGGGAGCUUAAGGGGGAAACCUAGCACAGGAAUUAAAAAAAAACAAAACAUUUUCUUGUUAGUGGGAUGUUUAUAUCUGUUUAUAUCUUAUGUAUGUGACGGUCUUCCAGUUUAAAUGUAACAGUUAUUAUAUCCAUAAUCUAUUUAUGAAACUGGAGUAUAAAUGGGAUUUGAACGUUUUGAAUUUCUCUUAUGGGAUGCAAGCAGUAGAUGUGAUGGAGCACAGCAGGAUGCUGAGUUCCUGCAGACAUUUUCACUCGCAAAUGCAGUUACAAGCAAAUCCACCAGGGAGUACAUAACAUGAAACAACACCUGCUGCAAAAUGCAUACCUUACUUACAAAUCUUAAGAUGAAAAGUACAUAUAUUUUGAUUUAAUUGUUUUUAUCCAUUUAAUUUCAGGAUCUCAUAAGGCUGCUACUUUACUAAAAUGGAUUAAAUCAUCAUUUGCAAUUUUGUUGAGUCCUCAUAGUCACUGAAAGACUUUUUUUUAUAAUUGAGUGCAAUAAAUUUUGCACGCAAGAAUAAAAAAAAAAAAAAAUUGGGGGGCGCAUAAUAUUAUCCUGUGCCCACAAUAAGUAGAAUGUCUUUCUUACUUGCACUUUGGGGACUCUUUAAAUUUGAGUUAAAGUAACUUAAAAUAUGUCCUCUGCAAUGGAAAAUGUUUCUUUAAUUGUCAAAUUUGUUCAAAUUUUUAAUUUGCACUACCAAAAUUUACACUGGAUUAUGCAGCUAACAGUUUUUCAGGGAUUCGUGUUUCAAUUUUUUUAUCCAAUGAGAAUUCGUUUAACAUUUUCUUUAAAAAAAAAAAAAAAAAAAAGCUAAG